CACCGAAUCACCGAUGAUGAUUGAACGCCGAUGGUCGCAGAUUUUCACGCCUCAAAUGAAGUGAUUUUGCUAUCCUGGAGUAUAUCUCGAUGCCGAGUCAGCCAGUUAUACAAAAGACAAGGAUCCCAAAUGAAAGGACAUUGGUGUUGAAGCUCUACGAUGUAUCGACCCCAGAUGCAGCUGUGCCCAUAUAACGCUCACAGAAGUCCGUGAGGAGCUAAAGGCGACCUAAAUGGAUUAUCCAGACUAACCACGACUGGAGAUAGUUUCUAUUUAAUAUAACAAUAAUAAUCUCUGCAACCAUGUCUGUCUCUACUGUAUUGGCAAAGGCCUUAUUUGACAACACAGCAGAGAGCCCGGAGGAGUUAGCAUUCCGUAAGGGGGACAUCUUGAUGGUCCUGGAGCAGGAGCAGGCUGGUGGUCCUGGCUGGUGGCUUUGCUCUCUACAUGGACGACAGGGUAUUGCGCCUGCCAAUCGCCUUCGCCUUUUGCAAACUGCCCCAGCCCCAGGCUCAGACCUUCAUUGUGGUUCUAGUGAAGACUCUGUUUAUCUGUCACCCGGUCCUGCGUUGGCCCGAGUUGGAGUCAGCAGUAGUGCAGAUGAUAUAGACGGAGUGUACCGCUCUCCACCAGCUGUGGGUGAAGGACGACCUGGAGAACUCCGCAGAACUGAAGGAGGACGCCCACGUUCUCACUCAAGUUCUGGGACAAGGCCCAGACCCGAGUGGGACAUUGGUGUAGCCGGGCGUCCUCGCUCACCUUCUUUAAGAGGAAGAGGAACCGACAUAUCUGGGACACUUUAUCAAACUCCAGUGAAUUCACUACCUGCAGCUCAGCAUGUAAAGCAGCCAGGUGUUUUGACCUCAGAGUCUGUUUACCUCAAUCCCAGUGGAGUUUCACGGUCCAGAGAUGAUACACAAGAUAAUACUUAUUUAGUGCCCAGAGAAACUGUUAACGAUGACUGCUACUUGGUACCUAAAGGUACUCCCCUUGCAGGGGAUGAUGUUUACCAAACACCAACUGGAGGAAUUAUUUCAAAUGGAUCCUCUCCUCAGCCCAAAUUGGGUCAAGAUGCACCCGGAUUCUAUCAGACCCCAAACCCUGUUGGUACUAACUCUCAAAGGACUCACCCAUCACUUGUCCAAUCAUCGCCCAAAUGUCUGCUAAAGGGACCUGUUGGGAAGCCAGGUCAACGUGGUUCUCCUUUACUUGUCAGAGCAGGACAGGGCAGGCGUCCUGGAUCACCUAAUUCUGCCCGUAAGCCCCCUCCUCCAGCCCCUCCAGUAAGAGGAGUCACAAGGAAAGAUGUACAACAGUCAUCUUUACCAUCAGCUCAUUCUAAUUCUUCAGAGAAAGCCUCAUCACAGCAUGUAGAAAAACAGAAAGUCACUGCUAACAGAGAAGAGACAAUCAGCAAUGGCAAAGAGAAAAGCACCAGUGUACAAAGCAUUAAAGGACAAAUGUCAGACAACGUAGGCAAUGACCAGGUUUAUGAUACUCCUCCAAGUGGAAGGUGGCAGCGCACAGCACGCUCCUCUCUCCCUGAAGAUGACGGCAUCUAUAAUACUCCCCGCAGUGUGCCACCACAAAGUGACUCAGAACUGGAGGUUUAUGAUGUCCCAACAAUCACUCUGAAUGUGUCGACUUCAGAUGUUCAGCAGACGGGCGCAGUACCGGAUGAGGGUGAUGAUGGAGUGUACAGUGUCCCCACUCUCCCAGGCAUCCCUUUAGGCCAGGAGGACCCAUCUUGUACUGUAGUUUCUGUGGAGGAGGUUUUGCGCAGAGCUUCUGAAAAACGAGCGAGUGGUGGAGACUCCUCUGAGCCUGACUGUGGCAUCUAUGACAUGCCUGCAUUAACAGCUGAAGUCCUUCCUCUCUCCUCCUCUUCCUCCUCCACUUCUACUCGCAGGCUCUCUGUUUCUAGCAAUGGGUCAGGUGACGUGCAAUGGAAGAUUUGUUUGUCGAGCCUUGUGCAUUCACUUUUAACUACAGUGGCUUGUUCUCCAUCAACUCUUCCAUCGCGAGACCUGGCCACUUCUUUGGCAGAAAUUUUGUCCACAUGGAAGGCCAGUCACAGCAGUGAUCCUCCACCCCCUCUUCAACAGGCUUGGGCCCGUUUAUCAGACCUUUUGCCUGCAUUGUCAGCGAUUGGAAAUGCACCUCCAUCUGAAGGCCUCCUCACUCUGGUUCAGCGGUCUCUUGAAGAAAGCUCCCUUCUCUUACAAGUACAAAGUCGUCCUCGUUUGCCGUCCCAAGAAUCCCUUUCUCGGCGUCCGUUACCUGCCCUACCAGUGGCAGAGGGGGUAUCUUCUGUUGGGAUGGGCCCUCGUAAAGGCAGCUGGAUACAGGAGCGACCUCUGCCUCCAACCCCACAGCCUAAGUUUCCCUUGCUACCUUCUCAGUCCACAGUGACUGUGACUGUGGGCUCCAGUGAUGGAGAAGAUGAUCCCAGUAAUGAGUAUGCAGGAAUCGGCUUGACUCCUAUUCCUGCCCCAAUACCCACUGGAGACAGUGUGGGAUAUGUCAAACUUCAGGGUAAACCUGACCUUCCUCCAAAUACACUGGCUGAAAAUGGACACACCAUCAAUGCAGAAACAAGGAUGACUCCAUCGCCGCCUUUGCCAGUGUCUCUGUCGCUGGAAGACUCGGAGCUGCUGUCCUUUUACUCUUCUCAGAGUCUAGCCCAUCUAUCCUGUCUCGCAGAUGCCAUAGAUGUGCUGUUUAGUAGUGUACAAGGGAACCAGCCUCCCCGUAUAUUUGUUGCUAGAGGGAAGAGUCUUAUUGUGACCGCACAUAAACUAGUGUUUAUAGGUGACACCCUUUCUCGACUCCUUUCCUCUGCAGAUCUACGCGCUAAGAUUACGACUUCAGGUGGUAGACUUUGUCAGGCCUUAAAAGCUGUUGUGGUGGCGACCAAGGGAGCAGCACAAAACUACCCAUCAGUAUCUGCCACUCAGGAAAUGGUGGAUUGUGUAGCUGAACUCUCACAGCACGCGGCUGGAUUUUCCACUUUGCUUCAGCGUCUGGCAGAAAUAUCAUCGUAAUAGAACUAUUUUACUUUUUAAGGUGUUUUUUAAAGGUGCAUUGUGUAACUUUUUGUUAUUGCGUUGUAUGGAAUGUUUUACAGUAUGGCAUUAAACCUUACCAAGUAUAAGUAUCUUUGACCUAUAAAACCAUCGGUAAUUGGAUAAAUGUAAGGUAGGGCUGUUUAAUGUCAUACUAUGAAAGAUUCCAAGCAGAGUAGUGAUAUUUCCAUAGAAAUAAGCAGGUGAUGGACCACCAACAAAAAGUUACAUAGUGCACCUUUAAGGGGUCAAGUUACAGUGAAGAAGUUUUAACUGAUCUUUCUUCACUGUUUCCAAUGUGUGGUUCUUUGCCUCUGUUUAUAAGAUCAGUGUGCUUUGAUGCCAAACUUGUGUCUUUUUAGUGUUAACUUAUUCAGUAUGUUUUUCAUUGUACAGUUAAGCUUUGCCAUUUUUCUGUUUGCAAUUAUUUCCUUUCACGUAACAUUUUCUUCCUUUCUCUAUUUAUUUAGCUGUGGUAUGUGCUCUAAAAAUGGCAGAAAAUGAGGCCUGAUAUCCUAACUCCUAGCACACUUGUUUCCUGCAAUGCCUGAAUGGCCUUUCUUAAUUUUGUGUAAAAUAGAAAUGAAGAGUCCCUAGUUUGUGUUUCACAUUUGGCAUGUAAAGAUUUGUGAAGUACAGAUUAAUCAUACAUUUAUAAUCUCAAAUCUACAAUCCAUAUAACACCCAGUGACAAAGAGAGUAGUGAUCAUUUACUGGAAAAUUGCCCAAUCCUCCUCUUUCCCACGAUCAUAUGCUAGGUUAACACAUAACAAACCAGUCUCCCAGGUCCAGUUGUCUGAACAUGUCUGUUGUAACUUUCCUCAUCAUUUUGUUGUUGGCAAAGGAGAAAUUAGUUUUGUCAACUGGACAAACUAACUUGUUUGCAGUUUCUGGUUUUGCAGCUCAUCCAAGCUGCUUCUUCAGUUCUGGUCAGACACUGGUGGACACAGAAAUGUUUUCGACCUAAAUAAACGUUUGUCCAGCUGACAAAUUGAAUUUCUCCUUGCCAUGGAUUCUGCCUGGAUGACUGAGGGAUUCUACACACAUUUUGUUGUUGGUUAAUUUGUACUAAACAGAGAUAAGACCUAACUGCCACAUAGGGCCUGCAUUAAUACAUUUUUCUUUAUUAUUUACAAAAUUACAAACUGUAACUGUAACUGAAAACCCUACACACUACACUUGAACUACGCAAAGAUAACCUGUGAUGGUUUCUGCAUUGUUGCAAUAUCAAAUCCUUAGGAAUUAUUUUAAUGUUGUGUUUUUCAUGUUUGAACACAUGACUUUUAUGCUGUUAUGUCCCUGUUUACAAUAUUAUGCCACCUAGUGUUGGAAUUGAGUAUUACCUUACUCUUAAUAUCGUGACUACAACAUUUCUGCCAUUGUUUAGUUGUGCUGUAGAAUUUUGUGGGGAGUUUGUGGCUGUCCUGAUUGCAUGGCUUUGUUUUGCUUUGACUUUAUACAUCCCAGAGUUUACAAAAACGAGUAACAUUUUUAAAGCUGCAAAAUUUUUUACACCUUGUACAUUUGUUUUAUUGACUGAGGUAACACUUUUUUACAGUGAUGCAAACCAAGCACUACAUGGAAAAUUAUUUCUUUUACUUUGGUUAAGAUUGCACAAUGCAUUUUCGCAAAUAAAAAAAUAUUUGAA